AUGGUAGACCUCACCGAAGCGCAGGUACCAAUGAACAUCAGCGACGCUGCAGCAAUGACAGCCGCAGCGCAUCACCUAGGCGAACCCACUCACAGCCGUCGCCGUCACCACCACUGUCGUCGGUCAUCUUCGCCCUCGAAACCGCGGCACAGUCGGCGCUCCAGCUCCGCAGCGGCAGCGAUGGCAUCGGCAUCGUACCUUACGGAAGAACUCCACUUUGACGUGCAGGCCCGCGAAACGCAGCGUGCAAACGAGCGCCGUCGUGGGCAGGGGUACGCGUCGUCGGCAUCCCCGCCGGGUCUCGACGCGAACCAGUCGUACAACUGCGCCAGCGGCGCCAGAUUUUGCUCGACUGCAACCAGCUGGCACUCCCUCACCCCCGACAUUCAGUGGAUCCCGUACUUGCUGAAGGCUGACUCUGAGGAGAAUCACGGCCAUGCAAAAGGGAGACGAGAUGAGAGUAGCGGCAAGGGCGCCCACAUUGGGAGCGACGUGCGUGUUAACGCGCAGCCCCCACGCGCUGUACUGCAAGGGGCCGCGCGGAGUGCAGCAAUUAUGAUAGUCGGCAUGCGUCACAUUCGUGAAGCGCUGUUGGCGACGGCGGUAGCGACGACUACCGUUAGUGCAGACGACACCGGCAGAAGCAGUCAACAUCGCUCUCAUCGUGGCCGCCAUCGCAGCUCGAGUAGGUCGCGGUCCUUAUACGCGCGGUCCGACUCCGUCUCCAGCGAUGCGAGCGCUGAAGCGUCUCUGGACUCGACGCCGCGCAGUUGCCACCGUCCUCGGCGCAAAUCGCAAGAGGAACGAAAGACGAGGGAGUGGCGGCGCCGUGAAUCUCGCGAAGCGCACAGGCAGCAGUUCUCGACCGUGGUGCCUCUUGAGGGCGCUCGCCAUAGCAGCACGCCCCACAGCCUCCAUGGACUCGGCCACAUUGAGGGCGGUGAAUUGCCGUCCACCUCCUUUGCCUCCACGGCACUGCCAUCGCGCUCGCAGCGGCGCAGUUCGGGUGUCGGAGGCUCGCGGCUCGCAACUACAGCAGCAGCAACUGAAACUGCCGCGUCAGAUGGUGCUUGGGUGUAUCCCGCCCCACCGCCAUCAGAGCGCGUCCACAUCUACCCCUGCGCGGGCGAACGUGGCCACGACAGCGAGUACUCGGUGGGCAAUGGCGGAAGCGCCACUGUGGCGCUUGGCGCUGCUGUGUCGCCGCUACGCUAUCAUCAAUACUCGGCGGCGACAACCGAUGCAUCUACCACGGCUACUUCGUUUCACGUGCACCGCAAGCUCGAGUGGCGGACCACUGAGACAACAACGCCGGUGCAGGUCAAUAUAAGGGUCAUACCGGCCGACAAACCUGCGGAGUCGAAGGAUGCACUCAAUCGACUGAAGAAUGAGUCCACUUCUCCUACAUCUUUAGCACAGCUCGUGGCGCAGCGCACAGCCUCACCGAGGACGCACCCUCGACUACCUCCGUCUUACUCGCCUUGCUCUGCAGCAGUCACUACUGCUCGCAGCGUGUCACAGGUACACGAGACACCCCUCACGCACGAAGAAGCUGAAGCGCGGCUGCACAUCGUUAUGGCUCAUAGCUGCCAGCUAGUGCGCAUCUUGUGCGACCACUACGAGCGCCUGCGUGAGUUAGAGUGGGAGAGCAAGCAGCAUUUGCUCGCCACCACGAUCAGGUCUGCAACCGGUGAAGAUGGGGCCAUGCCAGUAGCAGCAGCAGCUCCCGUAACAGCGGCGAGCAUAAUGACCAGUGCAACAGUCCCCAACAAUGCCGCAGACCCCGUCAAUUCCCCUUCCCCUACGCAGUCGUCGCCCUCUCUCUCGGCCUCCACUGUGUCUGCUCACACAGAGAUGAGCAGCGAAGUGGCCAUGAGCCCAUCGGCACAGAUACCGUCAACGCCCACCACUGCGGGGGCUGCAGAGAUCUUAGACACGUACGCACCGUCGUCCCCUUCGCUGAGGCAGCAGCCGGAGUGGGAGAAAAGGAGUACGAGGAGCAGUCGAACAAGUCCCGCACCCUCUUCGGCAGCAGCGUCGUACGCAUCACAGUUGCCAGCGCGUCCGCUGUCUGCCCAUCACGUGUCACCGGCCGCCUUAGAUGACGGCAGUGCCGCUGGCGCGCUGACCACCUCGCCUGCUGCCGCGGCUGCUCCUAAAGUUCCAGCUUCUACAGGUGCACCAGCCCCACGCCUACCGGCACAUGAGUCGCAGCUGCUCUCUCCGCCGCCCGUUCGGUCCUGGGCGUCAUCGUACCAGCAACGGAUUGCAGCUACGGUGGUGGAGGAGUACGCUGAGUGCACCCCGCCUAUGGCGCGCCAAGCGUACAGUCGCCACUCCCACGGUACCACCUGCCCACUGCUCUCUCCGUCCGAAGAGUCGGCUGAGGAGGUCGCAGAGGAGAGUGCGACUAGCGACUUCGGCUACAAAAUCGCGGCGGUCAGUACCUGCCGUAAGCACAGUACGCAUUACAGCACCGACAGCAGCAGCAGCUCCUCCACCGCCACCUACCUCGUGGCAGAGAACGUGGAGUUACGUGCUUCAUCAGGCACGGCCACAAUCACCACUGUGUCCACAGUUACGGCGAACGAUCCGCUCUUCUGA